CCACGUUUCUGUAGCUUCUUCCCUUUCCAAUUCCGAAACAGAUCUGUUUCUCUCUUUAAUUUCUGCUGCAUUUUGUCUCGAUUUUUUUUUCGUCUCUUAAAGGCCACUGAAGAAAAGCCUGAAACCCUAAAAAAAAGACCUGGUUUUGUUAAAAACCAGGUCUUAAUAAUUAUAUAAUAAUCAUUAGUUUUAAUCUUUAAUUAAUCACAUUUUAUAGUAUUAGAUCUCUUUAUAAUCUCCUUUUAGCUUUCUGAAAUUCCAUUUUGCUUUUGAAAAUCUUCAAUUUUGGUCUCUUCUCUUUGAAGCUUCGUUGAGCUUGUUCAUCUUUCCACUAUGAACGACCUUCUAACGGAGUCAUUUGAGAUCCCUCGAGGUCAAGGAUCCCGAGGUGGAGAUAUUGAGCUAGGAGCUCAAAUGAAUUCUGGAGAACUCGGCCUUCAAAAUUUCUUUAAAAAGGUUCAAGACAUAGAUAAACAAUAUGAGAAGCUGGAUAAGCUACUCAAAAAGCUUCAGGAUGCACAUGAGGAAUCCAAGGCAGUGACUAAGGCUCCAGCCAUGAAAUCUAUCAAACAGCGGAUGGAGAAAGAUGUCGAUGAAGUUGGAAAAAUUUCUCGUUUUAUAAAGGCUAAAAUUGAGGAAUUGGACAAAGAGAAUUUAGCCAACAGGCAGAAGCCUGGAUGUGGAAAAGGAACAGGUGUAGACCGGUCAAGGACAGCAACAACUCUUGCGAUUAAAAAGAAGUUGAAAGACAAAAUGGCUGAGUUUCAGACUCUGAGGGAAACCAUCCAUCAGGAGUAUCGGGAGGUUGUUGAGAGACGUGUUUUCACAGUGACGGGCGCAAGACCAGAUGAAGAGACAAUUGAAAAGCUGAUUGAUACUGGAGAUAGUGAACAAAUAUUCCAGAAAGCAAUUCAGGAGCAGGGACGAGGCCGGAUAAUGGACACUGUUUCCGAAAUUCAGGAGCGCCAUGAAGCAGUGAGAGAUUUGGAGAGAAAGCUGCUUGAGUUACAACAGAUAUUUUUGGAUAUGGCGGUGCUGGUUGAUGCGCAAGGAGACAUGCUUGACAACAUAGAAUCUCAGGUCUCGAGUGCAGUAGAUCACGUGCAGUCAGGCAAUACCGCCCUCCAAAAGGCGAAGAAACUACAGAAGAACUCGAGGAAGUGGAUGUGCAUUGCCAUCAUCAUCCUCCUCCUAAUUGUUGUAAUUAUCGUGGUUGCUGUGAUUAAGCCCUGGAGCAGCAACAAAGGUGCUUAGAUUGUUGUGUCAUUUGUUUUUGUAUAAAAGUAUAUGAAUACGGUGAAAAUGAUCCUUCUUUCGGCUGUUCCUGUUAAUAACUCGAGGUCUAUGCUACAAAACCCCCAUAUCUCGCGUCUGUGUGUGUUGGUUGAAUACUGUUAUGAUUGAAAAUUUAAUAUUCUUUUGAUAUAUUAAUAUAGUAACUAAAAUCAUGCCUUGGAUGAUUGUUUCA